CUGCUAGGAGAAGUCAGGCUUCCCAGAGAAUGUUUCAGAAAAAGUUACGUGGAACGGGGGCGUUUCUCAGACUCGUAAGGGACCUUCAGAGAAGACAUGGCUUCCAGAGAAGAGAAGACAAAGAGGACAAACAGAGUGCUAAGAAUAAGUCAGUUGGAUGCACUUGAACUAAACAAGGCCCUGGAGCAGCUGGUCUGGGCCCAGUUUACUCAGUGCUUUCAUGGAUUUAAGCCAGGGCUGUUGGCCCACUUUGAACCAGAGGCGAAAGCAUUCCUGUGGCUCUUCUUGUGGCGCUUCACCAUCUACUCGAAAAAUGCCACCGUGGGACAGUCCGUUUUGAAUAUACAGUACAAAAACGACUUUUCCCCGAAGCAGAGGUACCAGCCACCGAGCAAGAAUCAGAAGCUGUGGUAUGCUGUGUGUACAAUCGGUGGCACGUGGCUGGAGGAGCGCUGCUACGACCUCUUUCGAAACCGUCAUCUGGCGUCAUUUGGGAAAGCCAGGCAGUGUGUGAACGUCAUGGUUGGACUUUUGAAAUUAGGUGGGCUGAUUAACUUCCUGAUUUUCCUUCAGAGGGGCAAGUUUGCAACCUUGACAGAACGUCUCCUAGGCAUCCGUUCUGUAUUUUGCAAGCCCCAGAGCGUGCGUGAAGUUGGCUUUGAGUAUAUGAAUAGGGAACUUCUCUGGCAUGGUUUUGCUGAGUUUCUGAUUUUUCUCUUACCACUUAUUAAUAUCCAGAAGUUGAAAGCUAAGUUAUCCUCAUGGCGUAUUCCUCUGAUUGGUGCUCCUAACGGUGACAGUACCUUAGCCACCAGCGGCAAACAGUGUUCUCUGUGUGGAGAGUGGCCCACCAUGCCUCACACCAUAGGAUGUGAGCAUAUCUUCUGUUACUACUGUGUUAAGAGUAGUUUCUUAUUUGACAUGUACUUUACUUGCCCUAAGUGUGGCACAGAGGUACACAGUCUGCAGCCACUGAAGUCGGGAAUCGAGAUGUCAGAAGUGAAUGCUCUUUAGAAACUAAGACUGUGUCCUCUGAGGAAAACUGUAUUGUGUUUAAGCCCUUAGUAUUAGUCAUGCUAAGCAUACUGUUUAGGUGUUUUUUUUCUGAGGGGAGGUGCUUCUCUGCCACUGUCUUCUGUUCCUUUCCAGGCAUGACUAAAUUCUAAUCACUAGA